CCCCGCCUCAAAAUGGCGGCGCGCUGGGCGGAGCUCCCGCGGGGGGGGCGGGGCCGAGCGGCGGCAGCAUGGCGGACGAUAAGGACUCGCUGCCCAAGCUGAAGGACCUGGCUCUGCUGAAGGGGCAGCUGGAGAGCCUGCAGCGGCGCGUGGAGGACGAGGUGCACGCCGGCGUGGGGCAGGGCGGCUCGCUGCUGGCCUCCCCGUUCCUGAAGGGUUUCCUGGCCGGGUACCUGGUGGCCAAGCUGCGUUUCUCGGCGGUGCUGGGCUUCGCCGUGGGGACGUGCACCGGCAUCUACGCCGCGCAGAACUACGCCGUGCCCGACGUGGAGAAGACGGUGCGGGACUACCUCAGCUCGCUGCGGAAAGGAGGGGAGUAGCGGGGCUGCCCGGCGCCGAGCGGC